GGCUACCCGAGGCUUGCUGUCCAAAUGGGUUUGAUGCCGGAAGCGGCCAUAUUUAAACGAUUUGGAUUCCUUAACGCACAGAACCUAUUAUACAUGCAAGCCGAACUAGCCUCGUUGGAAAGACAACUGCGCACUCUCCAAGUUGAAGAUGCCAAAGCGGAUAGUAGAAGGUCCGCCUAUACCAGAAACUGGUUCUUUCUCAGCCACCCAAAUAGUCAUGAAGGAGGCAGUGAUGACCAAUGGCGGCUUGUGAAAAAAAUCCGUCGGAAGCUUAAAAAAUACAAUGAAGCCCUGCUUCAGCAGAUCAAGAUAGUUUCCGUAGAACCCCCUCGUAAGUCUGAUCUUCGAUACAUACAACAAUACCUCAAAAGUCGCGACAUGCAAGAAGGAUAUUUGCUUGGCGAUGACGCAACACUAUGGGGACAAGAUUUGCCCGACGACAAGACGGAUCAUCAAAAACAACGCGAAGACGACCAUGGCAUAGACCUUCUAGCUUUGCUGCCGCGACACAAUGAAGAUUACUUCUCGAAAAUGGUAACGGAGAACUUGAUACAAAAGCUGGUUGACUUGAACCAAGGGCGGAAACCCUCGACUAGGGUGAAGUUGAAAAGAUUCGAGGACGACAAUGUCUUGCGAUGGACGUUUCUAGUGGCCGGCGUGCUCGCGUCGGCAUUGCCCGUCCUGUCUAUUGGUAUACUCUAUGUUGCGAAGUCGCUGAAAGUCCGGAUAGGGCUUAUCGCGGUUUUCAAUGUUGUCCUUUCCUUUUUGAUGGCCGUGUUGACCUCUGCGAGCCGCGCUGAGGUCUUCUCAGUUUCAGCAGCA